AUGGGCGUCUCUUCUGGAGCCGACACAGAUGUGCAGAACUUCCAUGAUAGAUCCGACGCGGCGGUGAAGGGAGGUGACUCUGCCGCGAUCAGGCUGAGCCCUGGCGAAGCGCACACAACCAGGCUGCCUGGGUCUGCAGCCGGGGCCAAAGCUGGAGUGAUGCAGAGAAAGAGCAGCUUCUCCAAUAUCUUCUCUUCCCUGUCCAAGAAGAAGGGCAGCAGCAGCAACCUGCAGGGCGAUCCCGGCAACUCCCCAGCACCUAAUGAGAGGCCCAGUUCCGAGAAGCACGGCCUCUUCCGCCGCGUCAAGUCCAAGUCACCCGGCAGCAGCCCCAAGGCUGAGCCCGGCCUGCCGCCGCAGCCUCCAUCCGACGGCAGCAGCCCCCGCGCCCUGGGCCCCUUGGCACGCGCGCGCGCCGAGGCGCUCGGCAUAGGCAGCAGGCGCUCACCAGACGGCAGCGUAGACGGAGAGGUUGCCAUCAGCGACGACACCAGCAGCAGCAAGGACCAGGACUCGGGCCCCAUAACUCAUGCGGCGCCUGCGCACGCGCCUGCGGCCGCCGCUGCGGCGGCCGCGCCGGUUUCGGCCCUGCUGACCCGCGCGCGCGGCGCGGCGCAGCGCGGGCUGGCGACCGCGGUCAACGGCACUGAGCAGAGCCGCGCACGCGCAGCCGCGGCGGCGGCGCACUCGCAGGGGGACGGCGAGGAGUUCGCCCCCGAUGACUACGCUGACGGGGAGCUGCGGGCGGAAGCUUCCGCCCCCGGCUACCAACCAAAGGUUUCUGACAUCACAGCCCCCUUGAUGGAGCGCCUGGAGCGCGCGCGCGAGGCGGCGUCGCGCGGCCUGGCGACCGCCGUCGGCGGCGGCAGCGAGUCCCGCGCGCGCGCCGGGCUGCAGGCGCCGCUGCAGCCGGGCGCGCCAGAAGCCGACGCGGCGGCGCCGGCGUCCGACGAGGGCAGCGACGGCGGCGGCGCCGCCGCUCCCCUGAACGAGGAGGCCGCCGCGACGGCGUCCACGGCGUUUGCGGCUGAGGCAGCCGCGGGGCCCGAGGCGGCGCUGUCCGAGGUUGCGGGCGUCGGGUGCGACGAGGAUUACACGGCGGAGGACUAUGCAGAGGGCGAGCUCGAGCGGGAGGCGAUUAAGGCGCCAGGCGUGCUCGGCGUGCUGGCCCGCGCGCGCAGCGCCGCCGCCAAGGGUUUGGCUGUCGCCAUCAACGGCCGCGACGCCGACGAGGACGCCGCCGCCGCCGAGGCCGAGGCCGCGGCGGCCGAGGCGGCGGCCGCGGCGGCGGGGGCGGCGGCGGCGGCGGCGAGGGAGCCGGCGGUGCGGAAGUUUCCGCGCGGCUUCAUGUGGGGGACGGCGACGAGCGCGUAUCAGAUUGAGGGGGGGUACCUGGAUGAGGGGAAGGGCCUGAGUAUUUGGGACGCGUUCGCGCACGCGCACGGCAGGGUGCGCGGCGGCGGGACGGGGGACGUCGCGGCCUGCCACUACUACAGGUACAAGGAAGACGUGGCCCUGAUGAAGGCUAUGGGCGUAAAGUACUACCGGCUGUCCAUCAGCUGGGCGCGCGUGUUCCCCAACGGCAAGGGCAAGGUCAACGAGAGGGGGGUGGCCUUCUACGACAGGCUGCUCACGGAGUUGGUAGCCAACAAGAUCAUGCCGAUCGUGACCCUGUACAGCUGGGACCUGCCUCUCAGCCUGCAGAUGGAGGAGGACGGCUGGCUCAACCCCAAAAUUGUGGACCACUUUGUGAAGUACGCCAAGACGUGCUUCACGCGCUUCGGGGACAAGGUGCGGUAUUGGAUCACCUUCAACGACCCAUGGAGCGCCGCGGUGCUGGGCCAUGACAGCGGCGGCCAGCACGCGCCCGCGCGCAUGGUGGACCCCAGCCGUGAGGUGUACAAGGUGGCGCACAACAUGCUGCUCGCGCACGCCAAGGCGUAUGACACGUACCAGCAACUGUUCAAGCGCAAGCAGCGCGGCAAGGUGGGCAUGGCGCUCAGCGGGGACUGGUACGAGCCCAAGCCGGCGGCUGACCCGGAGGAGGCGCGCCGCAACCAGCUGGCGGCGGAGCGGGCCCUCGAGUUCACGCUGGGCUGGUUCGCGCGGCCCGUGUACCAGGGCGACUACCCUGCGGUGAUGCGCGACAGGGUGGGCAACCGCCUGCCGCGGUUCAACCGGGAGCAGCGGGAGCUGCUGAGGGGCUCCUGCGACUUCUUCGGGGUCAACCACUACUCCUCACACCUGUGCGAGCAGCCCUCCUGGUGGGUUUUAUUGAUUACCAAUACGGCGGCGUUCGGCCAAUUGCACCGCCGCGGCGGCGGCGGCUGA